AUGGUUUCAUCGAGAGGUGUGGUCGACUUCGACGAGGUGCAGAGGCAGUCGGCACCAGGUGCUGUUUUCGACAGUCGUUCCAACAUUGGCUGGAAACCCAAAGACCUGCUUCAUCCUUUGCUAGUCGAAGAGCAACAAGCAAAGCAGUCCAAUCACACGAUCUUGAUCAAGCGCGAGGGCACCGGGAGCUUCUGCGAUAGCUUUAUGGAGAUAAUGUCUAUGACGUUGAGCAUAGAUAUACUGCGCAUGAGCAGCGACAUCCGAUUAGGGGACUCGUUCAUCAAUCACAGUACCAGCAGACCUGCCGAGGACACAAGUAAUCAUUCUCGACGACUUGCCCGAAGCCCCCUGUACGAUCUGUUGUCCUUCUUCGCAGGGUCGACAUCGAUACGCUUCAAGGACAUCCUGGAUGGCAAAAUCAGGGCGGAGGCCCUCAUAUCCGCCCACACUUCGAUCGUGCCGCUCCCGGGCAGUAGCAACCCAUUGUCGCAGAUCAACCAGCGGGUGUUGCGCAACUAUGGCGUGCUGUGCCCGCUGGACGGAAACGGCAUCUCCAAGGUUGUCAUGAUCACCCUUCUUGCCGGGCGCAGGAUCAGGGAAACUGAUCAUCUCCUUCACGCGCUCCACCGAGCCUUCCCCAAUGUUAUCGCCCUUGAGCUGCGGAUAGUGCAAUCGACCCACGUCCUCGUUGGGGCUCACGGUGACGGGCUGAGCCAUAUCAUGUUUAUGCGCGCGUGUGAGGGCGCGGUCGUGGAGAUCCAGCCGGCGGGUCUGUCUGCAACAAACCGUCAAGCGCGGUAUAAGAGCCUGGCUAUGAUGAUAGGACGGGAGUAUUUCAUGGCGGAAGCCGAGGCCAUCCCCUUGGGCCAGGGCUGA